ACCGGUCCGAACCAACAUGCUGUCUGGCAGUAAUGCUGGCUUUUGAAUCGCGAUGCUUCCGCUGGAUCGAGAAUGCGAAUGCUCACUCCAUGCAGAUCUGUGAUAGUUUCCUUGUUGUCCAUAAUAGCAAUACUAGCUAGCUGGUAUCUCAUCUCAUCUCAUCUCAUCUCAUCCGACCUACAUCAGUACAUCCUUAUUAGUUAGGGCAACAUCAUUCACAAUGGAUCAUCUUCUGAGCAAGGCAGGCAAGUGUGGCCUGGACAGUGAUUUGGCGGAUCUCGCGAUUGGGGGAUUCCUUCACGUGUUAAAAGUGAGUGAACAAGAGGAAGAAGCGGCCUUGAAGCCCAUUCUGGAUUACUUGGGGGACGACGCCCGCAUCAACUUGAAACAGUACGAAAAGAACAUGGACCAUAAAGGAUUUGCUUUUCCCACGCCCAUUCGAAAUUUGCUGCACAAGCCUCCCAGCGCCAAGGAGAAGGAUGCCCAGCACACGAAGCAAAUGAUUGAUGCACUGGAUCGAAAAUUUGAAGGCUGCAGUCCGGCCAAACUGGUGAAAUUCAUGAAACUGUUUAUUGCAUACCUGGAAGAAAAUGUCACAGAGGCGGUGGACUUGGACGCUGUGUUGCAGUAUUCUGUACCCAAAAAAUAAUGAGGGCGUACUACAGUCCGUAACAUUUUUAAAACAGUCUGACUGU